AUGCUAAAGAGUAGAAUUAUAGUAAAGUUUGCGUUCACGAUUCAACGUAUUUGCGCCAUGAAAAUGGAUUCGAUGCGAGUGCAGACUUCUAGAAGAUUUAUUACACUUUUUGUUUUUGUGCUUACCUAUACCUUUGCUGUCACAGAACAAACUAAAUAUGAUGUAGGAAAUAGCCCUUUAACGCAAAACAUUAAGAGAGGAGACAUAGUUUUAUUACAAAAUGAGAGAAUCCGACGAGAUACUGCUAUGACAAGUACUACAACCAGCAAUAGCAGUAACAUGAGCUCAUUAACAUCUAAUGAUAGCACGACUAUCUCUUCAUCACUACCCACACCUACUGCAGCACCUGAAAAUGGCACUCAUGAUUCAAACAAAACAGCAUUAAUAGUGAAUGCCAAUCACACGUCACUCUUAGGUUUUAACGGAACCGGAAUAUUACAUGUUACAAUUCCUAGUAAUACACCUACUGUGAGCGAGCCUAUCACACCAGGUGAUGAUACAACUGACGUUUUCAAAGACACACUUGAAACUAUCAAAGCCAAAAAAAAUUUAACCGAUAUACAAUUGGAUCACCACGUAUUCUACAAUAGUACAUUUUUGGGUAACACUGAAUUUUUCAACGAAUACUGGUCUAAUAUCACAAAACAAAAGGCGGAUGUACACGAAGUUCUUAGUAAUUCACACCGACGCGCUACUACUAUUAAUUUGAGUUUUGACUUCAUGUUUUACGGUAAUCCUGUGAAGAAUAUUACCGUUGCAACUGGCGGGUUUAUAUUCAUAGGUGACCACGUACAUAAUUGGUUAGCUGCGACACAAUAUAUAGCACCAUUGAUGGCCAAUUUUGACACAACACUUGGAAAUGACAGUGUGGUGAAACAAUACGACGAUGGAGAGAAAUUUGUUGUGUUUUGGGAAAAUGUGACAUUGCAAGAAAAUUCCAGUGAUCCCUUCACAUUCGCCGUUGUCCUGUAUAAAAGCGGAGAUAUUGCAUUUGUAUACAAAGACGUACCAUUCCCCAUACAAAAUAUUAGUGACAGGGAGCAUCCAGUCAAAGUGGGCAUAAGUGAUGCCUAUCUCACCGGCCAAACGUACUUACAUGUGAAACACAAGACUAUCUAUGAGUACCAUCGUGUAUCGUUCAAAAACUACGAAAUAUCUAACCACACUAUAUUAAUGCUGAUCGCUUUGCCAACUUGUCUUGUCUAUGACACGUGUGAAGAUUGCGCCAAUCAUGAAACACACUUUAACUGCUCAUGGUGCCCCAACAUUAAUAAGUGUUCAAGUGGAAUAGACAAAAUUAAACAUGACUGGGCUAUGCAUCAUUGUGAAGCUGUCGCGAUCAAAGAUGAAAAAACUUGUCCGGCGCGUGUCAGUCACACAUCUGAUACCAAGAAUACAAUCUACACGACUGAUAAUCGUUCGGAUGAACAACAAGAAGCACGCAAAUUGCACACUGAAGGUACACCAGAUGUUCCGGUUCCGAAGCAACACUCUACAAUCGGUGGUGUAGUGGUCUCAUUGGUCAUAGUCAUUUCGCUGUGCAGUUUUGCUGGAUGGGUUCUCUACGCUUUCAAAAAUCCACACACACGAAGCGGUCAAAUACUUAUCAGGUAUCGGCCAUCGCAAUGGAGCUGGCGACGUGGUGAGGCAAGAUACACGGCGGCAACUAUACACAUGUAA